GCCCCAGAGGCCCCAGAGGGGGAGACAUCGACUGCCUGUGUCCCCAGAUCGAAAUGCUAGAGCACAAAUACGGUGGCCACCUCAUCUCCCGCCGUGCUGCCUGCAAGAUCCAGACUGCCUUCCGCCAGUACCAGCUCAGCAAGAACUUCGAGAAGAUCCGUAAUUCACUGCUGGAGAGUCGCCUGCCUCGACGCAUCUCCCUGCGCAAGGUCCGUGUCCAAAACACGGAGGGUUUCUCUGCUGAACGGGCCCUGGCAGAAGGCUGUAACUUGGCAGGCAUCCCAUUGGUGCGCUCACCAUCUCUGCCUGCCACAGUCGGUGGCACCCUGACCGACCUGGAAGACUCAUUCACUGAACAGGUCCAGUCACUGGCAAAGUCCAUAGACGAUGCACUCAGCAACUGGAGCCUGAAGACCAUGUGUUCACUGCAAGAAGGCGGCACUUAUCAGUUCAGUGCCGACUCCUUCAGUGCAGCAGCAGCAGCCGCAGCGGCUGCAGGAGUAGGAGGUGGCGGAGAAGGAGGUGGUGUGGGAGAGUCAACAAUUCAUCAAGGCGUGGUGGACCCAAGUGACCUGUCGAGAAGUGCAAGCAAGCUGAUGAUGGCGUUUCGAGAUGUGACCGUGCAGAUCGACAGCCAGAACUUUUGUGUUUCAUCCUCAGUCAUGGAAUCGUCCACUUCUGUCACACUCGGCAGCUGCGUCCAACAAGACCAAGCCUCCACCACUGUCACGACCACCUCCACAACAGCAAACUCCACCCCAGUCUUUGUCCCAGCUGGCCCCUCACAAGAACCCCCUCCUCCCCCUGCAGAGGUCCCAGCUGAACCCAUAGAUCCCCCACCGCCCCCCCAAGAACCCCCACCACCCCCCCUAGAUUCAGAUUUUGAAGUAGGCGACCAGGAUGAUGAAUUCCCUGCUCCUCCUCCAAGUGAGGAAGAGCUAGUGGAGGAGGAUCAACCCCCCCUAACCCCUCUGGAAAAGAUGGCUGCCCUUCAAAGCCCAGAGAAAAUUGUGGUGUUGGCCCCACCACCCACAGAACCCCCUCAAGCCCCUCCACCGCAGGAGGCCAUGCCGUUGGAGAGCUCUCCUGUGGUGGUGCCCCUGGGAGUGAAGAGAUGUGGCUCUGAGACGGCAGAUAACAGCUCAGAGCAGAUGAGCAGCAGCAGCACGUCCACAGAGGCACGCUCCACAUCUGAGGCCUCGUCCAAGGAGGCACUGCAGGCUAUGAUCCUCAGCCUGCCACGCUACCACUGUGAGAACCCCGCCAGCUGUAAAUCACCCACGUUGUCCACUGAUGUCAUGCGAAAACGCCUCUACCGCAUCGGCCUCAACCUCUUCAAUGUAAACCCCGACAAGGGCCUUCAGUUCCUGAUCUCACGAGGCUUCAUUCCAGACACACCCAUCGGCGUGGCCCACUUCCUGCUCCAGAGGAAGGGACUGAGUCGACAGAUGAUUGGAGAGUUCCUCGGCAACAGCAAGAAGCCCUUCAACAGAGAUGUUCUAGACUGUGUCGUGGAUGAGAUGGACUUCUCCGGCAUGGAGCUGGACGAAGCACUGAGAAAGUUUCAGGCCCACAUUCGUGUCCAGGGAGAAGCCCAGAAGGUGGAACGUCUCAUUGAAGCCUUCAGCCAGCGCUACUGCAUGUGUAACCCCGACGUGGUGCAGCAGUUUCACAACCCGGACACCAUCUUCAUCCUGGCCUUCGCCAUCAUUCUGCUCAACACCGACAUGUACAGUCCCAACAUCAAGCCCGACCGCAAGAUGUUGUUGGAGGACUUCAUACGCAACCUGCGAGGCGUGGAUGAUGGAGCAGAUAUCCCACGAGACAUGGUGGUGGGAAUCUAUGAAAGAAUACAACAGAGGGAGUUGCGGUCCAAUGAAGACCACGUCACCUACGUCUCCAAGGUUGAACAGUCCAUUGUAGGCAUGAAAACGGUUCUCUCUGUCCCUCACAGAAGACUGGUGUGCUGCAGUCGACUGUUUGAGGUGACAGACGUCAACAAGGCCCAAAAACAGGCAGCACACCAGAGAGAAGUCUUCCUCUUCAAUGAUCUCAUUGUGAUCUUGAAGCUUUGUCCAAAGAAGAAGAGUUCUGCAGCCUACACUUUCUGCAAAGCUAUGGGCCUACUUGGCAUGCAGUUCCACCUGUUUGAAAAUGAAUACUACCCUCACGGCAUCACCAUCCUCUCACCUUUCGGCUCAGACAAGAAGCAGGUACUUAACUUCUGCGCCCAAAGUGCUGAGGAGCUGCUCAAGUUUGUAGAAGACCUAAAGGAAUCAAUCGCAGAGGUGUCGGAGAUGGAGCAGAUACGCAUUGAAUGGGAGCUGGAAAAGCAGCAGGGAGCCAAGACACACUCAGUAAAGAACAAUGGCACACAGCUAGAGCUGCGUGGCAAACAGGGCUCCCCAUCAGGAAACCAGGAGGUAGAUGAGAGAAGUGGACACAAUGCAGUAGAGGCUUCAGACGUACCAGCUCAGCAGCACGGCUCGGAGUCCCGAGAGCGUGGCCCUUCUUAACCACCGGGGGGAGCUGCUUUUCCAGCAGGGGCCCCAGGGGCUAAUCCAGGGGCCGGCGCCUCCACCUCAGCACCCGCAGCUGCAGUCAGCGGCGAGCACCCCCGCCCACCACCUCCACCUCCAGCAGCACCACCAGCCCGCUGUCAGCAUGGCUGAUCUGCGGCCUGAGACACUCAUCCAGU